GAAGCGGCAGCCGCGGCCGUCCCGGCCCCAGCUGAGGCGCUUGUCUCCCUGCAGGUGCGGCCAUGGCGGACUCCACGCAGAACGGGCCUAUGCCAGGCGGGGCCGGCGGCGGGGCCGUGCAAUUUCUGAUGGCUAACAAGUUGGAUACAGCAAUGUGGAUUUCCCGCUUGUUCACAGUUUACUGCUCAGCUUUAUUUGUCCUGCCUCUUCUAGGGUUGCAUGAAGCAGCAAGCUUUUAUCAGCGUGCCUUGCUGGCAAAUGCUCUUACUAGUGCCCUCCGACUACACCAAAGGCUACCACACUUUCAGCUUAGCAGGGCAUUUCUGGCCCAGGCUUUGCUGGAGGACAGCUGCCAUUACCUGUUGUACUCUCUUAUCUUCGUAAAUUCCUACCCUGUUACAAUGAGUAUUUUUCCAGUUCUGCUGUUCUCUUUGCUUCAUGCUGCCACAUAUACAAAGAAAGUUAUUGAUGCACGGAGUUCAAAUAGCCUGCCCUUUCUGAGAAAUCUUUUAGACAAAUUGAAUGCUAAUCAACAGAAUAUUCUAAAAUUCAUUGCUUGCAAUGAAAUUUUCCUCAUGCCAGCUACAGUUUUUAUGCUUUUCAGUGGGCAAGGGAGUUUGCUCCAGCCAUUCAUUUACUAUAGGUUUCUUACGUUACGCUACUCCUCUCGGCGAAAUCCAUACUGUCGGACUCUGUUCACCGAACUGAGGAUUGUUGUUGAACACUUAAUAAUGAAGCCCUCAUGUCCUGUUUUUGUAAGAAGACUAUGCCUGAGCAGCAUUUCCUUUAUAAGCAGAUUGGCACCAACUGUUGCAUAGCCGAAUUUCAGGCACUUGUGUUUUGUGAACAUUAUGAGCAGCUGGCACUUCUGAUGAUGAUUCUAAGCUCCUGGUUUUACACUGAUCUCACUCCAGGCUGUAUAAAAAUGUGUAUAUGCUUUUCUUGGAGAUAAUAUGAAAUUUAGCUUACGAAAAGCAAGUCAUGGAAACUUAAAUUUCCUGUGGUGUAUUGCUAAUUGGUGAACAAAAGUAGCUGAAUCCUAAAACAUACCCAGUCAUACAGAAUUGUUUGUUGUUUUUUUUAGGAAUUAAGGAUUGUUUGAGGUUCAUUAAAAAUUGAAGUCUGUGCUCAGUAGCUUUAUGAUAGUUGAACCAUAGCUACUGUAGGAUGUCUCCAGUGCAUAGCAGUUGGUACCCGUACCUAUGCAGUACACUUUGGACAGUAUUCUUCUGUUUUCUGAAAGUAUCUGUAGAACCAUGUUGUCUAAAUUACUAUACUCAAUGUAAAAAUACGGCCCACUUUGAUUUUAACUAUAGAGAUUAAAAUCUAUUAGGCUAGCACAGUUAACACCUUUUCUGAAAGGGAGGAUAUUUUUAUUACUUAAGAACUUUUCCAAGUUUUUACCUUGUGACAUAGUCUUACAUGAGGCUGUUGGAAGACAUCUCAAGACUCUGACCAUGGUAAACUCUGUGCAGUUAUCUUGUCGUAACAAGAUGCUUUACCAACCCAAAUUGCUGACCUGUAGGCUUUUCAGACAGUGAUGCGGUGCUUAAACUUUUAACCAUCUCUUAGGUGAACUAAUCAAUGUAAACUAAGUAAUUUUUGCAGAAUCAUUGCAGAUAUGUUCUUUUGUCUACACAGAUGUGAGACUGGAGUAAUUCAAGCAUGUCAGCUUUUUGGAAAAUUAAUCUGUAGCUAGCUCUAUCUAAAUUGUUCUUCCAGUUUGAGACUCUCACGGUGAUGGGAAAUUUGCAUACAGGAUUGCAUCUGCUUAGGCAGCUUCUGAAACAAAUGGGUGUAGGAUUUUGGGCAUAAAUCCAUCUGAUUACUAAUCUGAAGCCAGUGUCAUGACUACGGAAGUGAAUAUUCAAUUGAGAGCUGAUUAUGCAUUCCACUAGCAGCUGAAAGAUAAGUCGUGGAAGAAGAAUAUUACCCGUCUGAACACAACUUCUUUCCCUAAAUUCAAGGCCUGAUCUUCUGUAGUUAUUGUUAGUACUCUAAUUGCAAAAAAUCAAAUGGGUUUCAUUGGCCUUUUGUAAAUUUAUUUUGCACUGUACUUAACUAUUCUUCUUUGGUCAGAAAAAUCUUGUGAAACCCUUUUGAAAACAGUCUUGGAACGAAGUAUUUUCCUGUAACUGUUGAUGUAUCUUGUGAUGUGGAUAUCAUUCAGAAUUUCCAGUUGUUUGCUAGAUCAGAGCCUUGUAUUUAUACAUUUAUUUCAUUUUUUGCUCAACCUCUUGGUACUGAUGAACCAAUUGGUAAUUUAAUAUGAUACUUUUGGACUACUUGUCUUGCUCUUUGAACAUGAUUAGCUAUUUAUAGAACACUUGCACUCUGCAGAAGCAACUGCAUGCAGUAAUGCUCUACAGCUGCUAAAGACUUGCAAUGAGAUUCACUAUAUGUAUAUCCUGUAAUUUGAGGAUUUUAUAAAAACUAAAAUUUCUACUGCAAUAAAAGGUGUUAAACAUAAUUUGCUAGGCUCUUCAAACUUAUUUCUCUCUAGCAGAACAUACUGAUGUUUGAACCUCAAAAUUGAGCAGAAUGCUGUCCUGUGUGUAUGUAUGCAUGUUCUAGUAUUCCCAGUUCUACCUCUGAACUGGGACAAGGUCUUGUGCAUUUCUAAAUUAUUUUAUAGGGAAUUUUUGCCUUCUAAUGUGCAAAAAUCUUAUAACCCUUUCCUUAUAAUUUAACUACAGAAUAAGCACUGCAACAGUGGUAGCUAAUUUGAGGAGAAAUCUAGACCUACUUCUUGACAUUUCAAUUCUUCAGCGUUGUUCUUGACCCUCUUUCAUGUUACAUAGUACAUUUUUUGAGUGGUGACAUCAGACUGUUCAGCUCUUUGCACUACUAAUGUAAAAAUUCAUUUGGUCAUGUAAAUUGGUUCCCCAAACUGGGAACGGAGGACAAAUAAAUACUUCUGUAAUUAGUAUCAGCAAAAUGGUAUGUUACUCCUGAGCAAAUUUUUGUGGUCUGAGACUACUGUUAUGGGUGCAGACUACUGUUCCUUUAACUGUAUGCUCUUACUUAAUUAGAGAAGAGUCUGUUUGAUAUCAUGUAUUGCAACUGUAAGAGAAGGCUGCUAAGUCUUGAAAUCUAACUUUACAAAGUGGAUGAGGAAGAUUAAAAGGAAUAAAUGAGAUUUCAGUAAGUAGAGAAUGGGCAGACAAUGCCAUCAAGUAGAGCUUACAUGUGGAUACAGAAUUUAUGGACUUUCUACUAGGUCUUAAAAAUGGAGCAGGAAGAUCUUUCAUAAGUAGGAUUUGAUUUGGCUAGUAGUAUAUUCUUGGCUUUGCAGGAAAUUGCUUGACAAAUGAGGCCUGGAUUUUACUUGUGGCCUGGUAAAACUCAGCUCUCUGUGCCAAGAAAACAUGGAACAAUGGGGUAAAAAUAACUUCUAAGCAAAAUCAGGUGACUGACCUUCACUCUGCAUCAACUUCAAUUUUUGUGUAGCCUUUAGGUUGUGUAAGUGAUAACACAGUUUCCCCAAUGCUGGCAAAAAAAUACUGUCCUUGUGCCCAUUUCCUUACCACAGUUUGUGACUUUCUAUACUAACAAUUAAAUGCAUGAAAUGCUGGUAGCUUGGGGUUUUCCUUGUGAAAAGAAAGGUAUGUUCACAUUGCUGUGCUGUCAGCAGCCAACUGUGAUGCAAAGACUGUAACAGAAGUUGGGGAUAGUGGAAAAACUUUGCAACAGCCCAUGAAAUGCCAGUCAACCCCAAAUGUGAGGCAGAGGAGUUUCUGUUUACUGAAAUGUUACGUACCUAAAGCAGUAAUUGUUUCCACUGGUAUAAAUCAUGCUGGUUAUUGUUUUUAUGUUCUCUUACCUUUCAUAACUUAAAAGUGCUGUUGCAUAAAUUCUGCACCUUGCUGUGCACAAGGUUGCUGUAGCAGUGAUGCUCCAGCAUAAGACUUGUCUCUUCUUGUCUGUAGAUAGAUAAAGCAUCAGUACCCACCAAGUCUGUUGGAGCAUCUAAUGCCAGUUGGAACUUUUCACAUAAAGUAAUUCACUAAUGCAUGUGUCUUUUUCCUUUAUUGCCUUUAAUUUUACACUUCUGUUGUAAUUUUUGUGCUGUAAUUUUGUUUUGCUCCCUUCUUUGCUGGGUGUUCAAGGGGAGCAAUAACUGUUAAUAUUUUAAGGGCCACGUUCUAAGGAUUUUUUCCAAUCUAUUAUAAUCAUGAGCCACUAUUCAUUCCAACAGCUUUUGAGCUGCUAGCUAUGUAUGUGAUAGUACUGUCCAAACAAAUAAUGUAGGUGGUUAUUCUGUAUAGUCUCCAUUGGACCUUUUUCAUGUUGGGCACCUGUAUUGCAACAUUGGCUGUGCAGAUCCCUUGUUAAUUAAGGAAUUGCAGUUACCGUGUGUCGUACAGAUGGGAACUGAGGCAUGGAAGGAAAGAAAACUCACCUGAGGCAAGAGCUCUGGCAGAGCAAGAAACAGUGGAAAAAAAAAAGAGUUGGACAAGGGUCUGGGGCUAACUGAUUAGUUUCUACACCACAUAUGACAGUCCUGUUUCCAAAAUGAUACUAAAAUGACACUGCUGCCAAAAACACCUUCAGAAAGUACUGUACCUUACAGUGCUCAAAGAAUAUGGAGCUAGAACUGCAUGUUCUAUUCAAGUGAUGUCAAAAAUUGAUUCCAAUAUGGAAGAGCUAGGUACAGUCUCUGGCAUCCUCAUCAUUCUGAUGAGGAAAAAUAAAGCAGCAGAGUAAGAUGACAAGCCACUUACAUGCUACAUAUUAGUAGGGUAUGCUGAUCUGUUGUAAUUGUAUUUGUGGUUCAAGUAUAUAUCCUGAAAUUGGUUAGUGCAUCUUCAUACUGUAACUUACUGUGCUAUUGUUUUCUUAAAAUCACAGGAAGAGUCAGGCCUUGCUGUUUUAAAUCGCCUUUUAGGGAUAGAACCUUAAGCAAUCCUUUAUUUCAAAUAAUGUAAUUGAAUUUAAUCUUAAAAGUGGAUUUGAAAAUACGUUUUUCAUUAAAUGUCAGCAUUACUUACUAACUUUUCUGCAGAAGCUAGCUCUGUGAUAACAGCAGAUAUGGGGCAAGUAAGGGAGUUUCAUUGCCGUCCAGAUGGUACAAACUUCUAAAAUGAAUUGAAAAAUUCAUCUUUUACUUGUAUUCAAGGACUGAGGCACAAAAUGCUAAUGUAAGGGCUCAGAGGGGAAAUAUAGUUCUCCUGCAUAUUUGAGAAAAUGUGAAGCCCUUUCAAGAAAAUCUAAUAAACAUAAUAAUCACAGGCUGCUGACACCAAGGAAAAAGCACCUCAUUCGCUCUUUCUUUUAUGCAGCGAUUUACUGGUCCCUACUGAUUUAAAAAUUGGAUCACUGCAGUAAAUUAUCCAUGCCAGUACCUGUGAAAGAAAGCACUGGGAUCCAUAUUUGUUUAGUGCUAUGCUUAAAUCAGCAAGAAUGAUAAAUUUGAUGGUAUGAAAUUGGAAAUAUCAAGGGCUUUUCUCAGCGAACAAGCAAGUAUCUCCAUUUGUAAUUUAUUGUGACCCUUUUUCACUGUAUGUGCAUUGUAUGUGAAAUAUUUAUUUCAAAACAAAUUAAAUUGUUUUCUGUAUUGAUACA